AUGGUCGAUAGGGUUCUUGCCCAAUUGAGCCCAUCUAUAUACGAGAAGUCCUUCGCUUCGGCAGACAAUGAUGUCUUAAGCACGGGAUCUACCCCACAUAUCAUGUUUGCAUCUCAUGUUAAGGAAAAUCAACGCUACUCUCCGCCACCUACUAUGUAUGUUCAAGAUCAAGAUGCUCGAAUUGUUAAGCUAACUGAUAGGGUGGAGGGCAUGAGGGAUGAAGAAUCAAGUCAUGCACCUGGAAAACGUCCACAAGUCCAAGAGACAGUCGAUCGCCCCACAAAUCAAGUUGAAUAUGUUAAAGAGAUCCAAGUUUCUUCGGAAGGAACAAUCCCGAUCAACCAAAUCAGGGAGUUCAUCAUGGGUACCAUUAAAGACAAGUACGAGGUUGCAACAAAAUCCUCCUUGACAUAUGCAAGGCCAUACACCGCAAGGAUUGAUAGUUUGAAAAUGCCUGUCGGUUAUCAACCUCCAAAGUUUCAGCAGUUCGAUGGUAAGAGAAGCCCAAAGCAACAUGUGGCGCACUUCAUCGAAACCUACAACAAUGCUGGAACACACGGCGAUUAUCUCGUCAAACAAUUUGUCUGUUCCUUUAAGGGAAAUGUUUUCGAUUGGUACACAGCCCUUGAGUCUGGUUCCAUUGAUAGUUGGGAACAAAUGGAGCAAGAAUUUCUCAACCGCUUUUAUAGCACAAGACGUGUUGUAAGCAUGGUGGAACUUACAAACACAUGUCAGCGAAAUAAAGAGCAAGUCUUUGACUUCAUCAACCGAUAG